AUGCCUACUCCCGAGUCCGCGUCCUUCCUGGCGAAGAAGCCAACGGUUCCGCCCACGUUUGAAGGCGUUGACUUCACAGACAAUGAGGCUGUCGCCAACGCCAGAGAUGCAAUCAUCAGAGAACAAUGGGUUAAGUCGAUGAUGACAAGACUGGUCGGCCAGGAGAUGGACCGAUACAUCCAACUUCUGAAAGAGAACAAGGAGAAGGGCUACAGAGGAAGACAGCAGAACUACGUUCCCGGCGUCGAUGGCCCCUCGGGCGGUCCAGAAGUCCUCACAGACUAUCCCACCGCACAGCAGGCAAAGGGCAUCAAGGGCUCAGAUCUCCGGCCUGGCAAUACCACCGGACACGGGGGUGAUGUGCUUUAUUGA